UCCCGGGAAUAGUCGACGCGACGACGUCUCUUCGAGGAGAAGGAAACGAAAAAUCAAAAACCUCGGAGCUCCGAAGUCCAAACAUCCACCACCGGAUCGGGGAGCGGAGCGGAUGACGACGACGGCGACGAGAAGGUGGUGGAAGCGCCGCGGCGGCGGCGGCGGCGGCGCGGGAGACGACGACGACGACCUCGUCCCCAUGGACACCCAAGAGCAGGAGGAGAUGGUCCGGUCGCUGGAGCAGAAGCAGGCGCAGCAGAGCCGCCGUUGGAGGUGCGUCUUCGCGGGGUUCCUCCUCGGCUACGCCGCUUUCCUCGGCUACUCCAGCUUUCAUCAUGCGUCGGCCCCGUGGGAACUGCGGUAUCAUGCUUAUUUCAUGGAAGAUUUGUCAUCACCAAUGGUCAUAGUGGCAGAUUGGAUAGCUGCCCUAGCAUGUUUAUUCUCAGUUAAAGGACUGCUGAACUCCUGUAAGAAGUGGAUGUGGUAUUCAUUCUAUUUCAGCAUACUGGUAACCCUCUUCUGGACGUACUACAUCUUGAGGUUACCGAGGAUCCGGUGGGAUGUAGCAUGGCUUCCAUUUGGACCUUUAAUUGCUUCUGUGUUGAGCCUCUAUGUGGACCAUUCCAUGUUGGAGUCGAUGCAAGAUAUAAACACCUUGAGGAGCUAUAUGUAUAACUACAAGGCCUUGUAGUGUGGACUGUGGAGAUAUAUUGCUAGUUGUAGCUAUGCAUGUAAAAGGUUUUUUUUACUUUUCCUCCAUUUUUUUCCACUUUCUUAAUCUGCUAGAGUUCACCUGCUUAUUUGCUGUUAAACAAUGGAGAUUCAGAUUUUUCAUGUUUCAAUGGAAAUAUUUUGGUUAAAGUAACAUUCUA